UGCAGCCAUCCGUCGGUUUGUGGCCACGUCAGAGGAUAAAAAAAUAUACAAUUGUUCGUUUUUUCGUGAAUUCAAGUGAUCCAGUGAGCUUUUCCUGUGUUCCCUGUCCCUUGAAUCAACGAAAGGUGCAUUUUCCAGUUUUCCUACCCCAUCGAGUAAAAAUGAGAUUGCUGUCGGCAUUCGGGCUGGUGCUUGCAUUCGCCACCGUGGCGCUUGCAGCGGAAGAGGUCAAGACGGAAGAUGGAGUGCUGGUACUGACUAAGGACAAUUUCGAUUCGGUCAUCGCCGACAACGAAUUUGUGCUCGUGGAAUUCUACGCUCCAUGGUGCGGACAUUGCAAGGCUCUGGCUCCCGAAUACGCUAAAGCUGCCAAGGUGCUCGCGGACAAGGAAUCAAACAUCAAACUUGCCAAAGUGGACGCCACGGUUGAGCCGGAACUUGCUGAGAAGUAUGGAAUUCGUGGAUACCCCACUCUGAAAUUUUUCCGCAGUGGAUCCCAGGUCGAUUAUACUGGUGGACGCGAACAAGACACGAUUGUAUCGUGGCUGGAGAAGAAGACUGGCCCGGCCGCGAAGGAGCUCGAAACUGUUGAGGCAGCUGAAGAAUUCCUGAAGGAAAAUAAUGUAGCUGUGGUUGGUUUCUUCAAGGAUCGUGAUUCAAAGGAAGCCAAGGCAUUCAUGUCCACGGCGGUCGCUGUUGACGACUAUCCGUUCGGUGUGACCAGCAGUGAGGAAGUGUACGCCAAGUACGAAGCCAAGUGUGGCUCUGUGAUCCUGUUUAAACAUUUCGACGAAGGAAAGGCUGUAUUUGAAGGAGAAGCUACUGAGGAGGCUCUGAAGAAGUUUGUCACCGCUCAGGCCCUGCCUUUGAUUGUUGACUUUAGCCAUGAAACGGCCCAAAAGAUCUUCGGUGGAGAAAUCAAGAGCCACCUUCUGUUCUUCAUCUCGAAGGAGGCUGGACACCUCAAGGAAUUCGUCGAACCGGCCAAGGAAGUUGCAAAGAAGUUCCGUGAACAAAUCUUGUUCGUUACUAUCGAUGCCGAUCAGGAGGACCAUACCCGCAUCCUAGAAUUCUUCGGCAUGAAGAAAGACGAAGUCCCUUCGCUCCGCAUCAUUCGCUUGGAGGAAGACAUGGCCAAGUACAAGCCCGAAACGAAUGACCUAUCAGCAGACAAGAUUCUUGAGUUUGUGCAGUCGUUCUUGGAUGGCAAGGUGAAGCAGCACCUGCUGUCACAGGACUUGCCCGAAGAUUGGGACAAAGAGCCAGUGAAGGUGCUUGUUGCCACCAAAUUUGAUGAGGUUGCGUUCGAUAAAACCAAGGACGUGUUGGUAGAAUUCUACGCUCCGUGGUGCGGCCACUGCAAACAGCUGGUGCCGAUCUAUGACAAGCUCGGAGAGAAAUACAAGGACAGUGACAGUGUAGUCAUUGCUAAGAUUGACGCAACUGCAAACGAGUUGGAGCAUACUAAGAUUUCUUCCUUCCCAACUAUUUACCUGUACCGAAAGGGCGACAACGAGAAGGUGGAGUUUAAGGGCGAGCGUACGCUGGAGGGUUUCGUUAAAUUCCUGGAAGGCGAAAAGGAUGAGCAACCAGAAGAAGAGGAAAAGGAAGAUAAACCGACAAAGGACGAGCUAUAAGCGUGAGAAGAGCGGGCUUUUAAACAACACGAUCGUCAACAGUGUCUGCCCUAGAUCGUUAAAUCUGCGGGGAAGGAAAAGCAACAAAGUGAAUUAAUACCAUAACAAACUACAAAAAUAUUCUAAGUCCAAAUCACCAUCAAAACAAUACAGUAAUGUUUCAGUUUCAUAGGUUUUCAAGCGUUAUCGACUAGAAACAUCAUGUAACGAACGCCCGUGAAGCCUAAAAAAAUCAUAAGUGAAGCAACAUAAAAAUUCAAAAGAAUAGAAGAGAUAGCUUAUGCAUAAUAGUAAUAUAAAACAUCGCAAAGAGACUGUAAUAUACUAUAUUUUAUGAAGGAAACUGUAAUAUGUUAGAUGAAGCGAUAUAGAUAAAUUACACAAAACGUCUGAACAUCUGAUAGGCCCGCUAUUCAAGAUCUCUACAUUUUUGCAAUAGUUAUGUUUGCAUUCAUUCGUUUUCGCGACCUUCCCUACUAUCGCUCUUUCUUCCUUAGUUAAUUUGAAAGCUUAACAAAAUAAGAGGUAAGCUCCACAAGAGUAAUUAACACUGAAGCGCUGCCGAAAAAAUCGAGCAAAUUGGUUAUCCAUCAGUAGGGGAAGAUCGGACUACUAGGACAGAAGCAACAAACACAGUAUGAUGGUGUAUGAAUUCCAUGUUAAAACGAAAAUUCCAAAACUAUGGAGAAACAGGUAGUGACUAAACCAGACAAAAAAUUGCAUUUGAUAAGAUUCUUCGUUAAGAACAUGCCGAGAAGAAUGUUAUAUUAACAUUAGGAUAUACAUCUCCGUCGAUUUUCUACGAUGGACGAAAGGCAGAAGAAUUCUUCCUUCACACAACAAAGAUACAGAGUCCACAUACACACACAUUCACAGACACAAACACCAACGACAAACCAUGUAAUAACACUCGAGGCAUUAAAAUGAAAACUUAACAAAACUGAAAAA